AUGCUAAAAGGUGAUGUUGUUUUCUUGGCGCAGUGUCAAUGCUUCCGAGCAGAGUCAGAAAUCAUCAAAAAGCACUCGAAUAAAUUGACAAGACUUGUCGAGGAGCACAUUGGCGAAGAGUUCAUUCCCCUCGAAUGUUCCGCAGUUAUUCUUGAUCAUUUGCUCAAUUCGUUCUACAGCAUUUCGAGAUUAAAGUUGGAAACGAUAGAAUGUCUGAUGCUUUUGCACGCCGCACAGCGAUAUGAAUGUAGAAAAACACGUGACUGGUGCGUCGAGCAAAUCAAGAAAACACUCGUGUCCUCAGAUGCGAUGGCGUUAUUAGUGGCGCUGGACAUUGUCGCUAGAUAUUGUCAGAAUCCACCACCUCAACUUGACAACCUUGUAGCCAGCUGUGUCAACUAUCUUAUCAACAACAACGCGUUUGGACGUAUUGAGGGAGUAAAGCAAUUCCAUCCAAAGAUUUUCGCUAUGGACGAGUCAGUCCUCACACAAUUAGCGGUUGGUGUCGCCGAAAAUGGCUCAGGGAAAGGGUCAAUUCAUGAAGAAUUGGAAAGAUUAGCCAGAACUUUUAUAGAACCCUUCGAAAAGGAGACUCGAUCGUCGAAUUUUGAAAAAUUCUUAAUCUUUGGGCGGGAGAGCAACGCGAAAGCUCCCGAGCUCAACUCUACUCAGAUUUCGAAAAUCAUACAGUUCCAACAUUUUCACGAAAACUUCGAACCUCUUCAAUUUCUAUCGCUUGCUAUUGCCAAGGUCAUUCUGACAAAGCACAAUUAA